GUUGGAUGUACGGCCAGGGGAGGCAGGGCCGGGCAGGGUUACGGUACGGUGGAUGGGGAGGGAACCACUUCUCCAGCUCGGCCAGUUUCUCCAGCAGGAGCAGCAGCAGCCUCCCCGGCCCGCAGGGGACCGGCCCAGAUAGGCACCCGCUAAGGGCAGGGGGAGGAGCAGCAGCGGGAGGCCGCUGCGAACAAACAAGUCGUUACUAGCUGCGCUUCCCCCUGCCUGCGCCCCUCCGCGGCGGAGCGGGCAGAAUCCGAGAGGCGGCCGGGGGCGCGGGGCGGCGCUGGCUCCCUGCAGCCCCAGCAGCAUCGCCGGGAGGCUGCGCUGUGCGCUGGCUGCUCGGGGCCGGGCAGGGUGACGGGCUCCCAGAGCCCGGGCGUUGCGCAGCUCCACCAGCCUAACUUGGCAGCCGGCACCCGCUUCCCGCGCGGAGGCGGCGAGGGGCCGGGGAGCCGGGCACUGCGCUGCCCCGUCGGAGAGGAGGGGCCGGGCCCCAGCGGGCAGGGGCUAGGCUGGGCGGCCGCGGCAGAGGGCGAAGCCGGCAGGAGGUGAGGCUGGGCGGCCGCGGCAGGGCGAGAAACCGGCAGGGGCUGGUGGGCGGCCGCGGCCGGGGGGCCGGGCACCAGAGGGGCUCCCCGGCCCAGGGCCACGCAGCGGGGCGGAUGGCUGCGGGCAGCAUCACCACCCUGCCCGCGCUGCCCGACGACGGGGGCAGCGGCACCUUCCCCCCGGGGCACUUCAAGGACCCCAAGCGGCUGUACUGCAAAAACGGGGGCUUCUUCCUGAGGAUCAACCCGGACGGCAGAGUGGACGGAGUCCGGGAGAAGAGCGACCCGCACAUCAAAUUGCAACUUCAGGCAGAAGAAAGAGGAGUGGUGUCAAUCAAAGGUGUAUGUGCAAAUCGUUUUCUGGCUAUGAAGGAAGAUGGCAGAUUAUUGGCAUUGAAAUGUGUAACUGAAGAGUGUUUCUUUUUUGAGCGCUUGGAAUCAAACAACUACAACACUUACCGGUCACGGAAAUAUUCUGAUUGGUAUGUGGCACUGAAAAGAACUGGACAGUACAAACUUGGACCAAAAACUGGACCAGGGCAGAAAGCUAUCCUUUUUCUUCCAAUGUCUGCCAAGAGCUGAUUUCAGUGGUAGAUUCUAUAGUCUAUGCCACAACACACUAAAGUGGUAGUUUCCUCCACUCCUUCCAAAAGUAGUAAAGUGUGAGCAAAUAUUUGAUAACUGCUUUUGCAGAUGUCUGAUUACUAAAUAUGUUUGUAUAAUAUAACCUUGAUGUUACUGUAUGUUUUGAAACAAUUGUGCCAGUGUCCAGAGGAAAAAGCACCAGUAUCCGUGCUUCACGUAUUUUCCUCUAGUUAGAGCUACUAUAUUAGCCUUAUGUUAGCCUUGCAGUGUAAAGGAAACUUAAAGAUGUGCACAUAUUUACAGGAAUAUUUACCUUUUAAAAGAAAUAAUAUAUAUAUCUAUAUAUCUUACUAGAAAAUAAAAAAAGUAAAUAUUGAAUUCGGCAAGAACAAAGUCCAGGAAUAUUUUUAAUAUGGUACAAGUAAGCCCACAAUUUAAAACAAUCCAUUCUAAAUUAUGAAUUUAAUUAAAUGUGAAGCUUGUUAGAAUUCUGUCAUGUUUUUAUAAGUAUCUGGCAGCUCCCUAUGGUACAGCUUAUAAAAUAGGCCUGUGUAAACAGCUGGAAAUUCUCUCAUGGUUAUAUCAAUCUUAUCAAACCCUUCUCUGUAUCCAUAAAGUAGCAGUUUAGCUACACUGCUGGUGAUGGGAGUAGUGUCUUUGGUCUUGGCAAGUUCCUCAAGAUCCAUCCAUUCGCACCUCAAGCAUUCCUGCUGGCAGAAGCUGAUGUUGAAUGAGGAAGGCUGCAGGCGACAGAUGAUAUACAUAUCUGAUAACCCAAAGGCUCCGGGGUGCCUAUGUUGCUGCCUUAUGCUUAAGAGGGACUUGAACUCUGACUUAAUGCCAGUCUCUUCACAAACCUCUCGAACUGCUGUGUUUCCUAGAUGGAGAGAAAUAUUCCUACAGUACAUGUAAGAGGAGACUACAUUUCAAGAACUGUUCAUAGUGAAAGAUUUCCAACUCAUAAAGCAUCGCUGAUGGUAACACCUUUUUGAGACUGUAAAGGCUAUAAACUCCAACACUACAGUAAGCUCAGUUUUUGGCCCUUUGAACGAAACUAAUUGUAAUGGACUAUUUUGCCUUUCUUGUGGAUAACCUACAAAAUGAUGAAUGUUCAUUAAUACUGUACAAGUGUGGUCGCUCUGAAACUGAUGCACCAAUGCAGUAUACCCAGCUCUUGUCUAAAGAUAUUUGCUAAAUAUUUUCAGUUCUCUUUGAUCCUAAUUAAUACAUUUUUAGGUUUACUUUCAAUGGCUGAUCUUCCUGUUGCAUCUGAGCACUUUCAAUUAUAUCUGAUUGUGGGAACAAAUCAAUUAGUUCAGUGGCACAAGUACACAAUUUAUCUUACAGAUGUAAAAGUGUGCAAACAAACUGGCCUACAGAAUGAAGGAGGACCUCACCCUUCUUGCAAAGUUAUCCUUAAAUGUCUAUAAUGACAUUUCAGUUAUAUUAUUUUGCUAACAUACCAUGAAAUCUAUUGAUGCAUGGGAAAUUCAUACAGAUAAUUCCUAUUAACUUUGCAUAUGUAAAUCUUUUGUACACUGACCAAGAGGAGAUAAAAACCUCUUACAUUUCUCAUUAUAAAAAUCAGUAGGAAUGGAGAAAAAAAAUCCGUUAACUUGGGCCCCAGUCCAGGAAUGUCCUUGAGCACAGGCAUAGUGCUACUGAAAUCAGUGGGACUACUUGUGCUUAAAGUUAAGCACAUUUUUAAGAACCUUGCUGAGUCAGGGUCUAAAAACAGCUAAUGGCUGGCAGGGUAACUCAUUCACUCUUUCAGUGCUUAGACCCAGUCUCUCCACUAACCAAAAGCUAGAGUUACCUCCGAACAGCAAUCAAAAUCAAAGAUCCCAGGAGGGCUCUAAUAUCUUCUUCUGCCAAAAUUUAGCUGUUCCUAGGCCUUGCAAAACUUUACAAACCUUUACAAACUUUUGGGUGGAGUAUUUUUUGGAUGGGUAAAUAGAAUUAUUAGAUUUUUUUUUUAAUCCUCAUGGCAAGGGAGGUGACUCUGUUUUGUCUGUGAUGUAAAAUGCUCAUGGCUAGUUUGCAAGGCAACUUGCUGCAGUUAAUUAGGAAUUAGAAUGUUGGUUUAUAUUUAACAGAAUUACAUUCAUUUUAAUAAUGCCUGCAAAUCACCAUCUUGAAAAGUCAGAAGUACAGAAGAUAUAAAUUUUGGAUUUAUUUUAAAACCACUGAAAAUAAUUUCAGGACAUACAGUAGCAAACCAUAAGCAAAAUCUCUAACAGCCUUUCUUAUAGACAAUAAACAUUUAUAUAGUAAUGACCCUGAUCCUGCAAACACUUCAUGUGUGUUUUAAAGUUAAGCACAUUAAUAACUGCACUGCAUUUAAUGGGACUAGUUGCAUGAGUAAAGCUUGACACAUGAGCAUCUCUUUGCAGGACUGGGCAGGGGGGCAUUAGUAUAUAAAUAUGUCUGCAGAACAUUAACUAUUAACUACACAGAACUUGGGGGAGUGAGGGGGGAGGAGAAGGGCAUGGAAGCACUCUGAUUCCAUGUCUCUGACACAGUUGUAGAGAUUACUGACAGGCUGAUCCAUUACCAUGCCUGGCUCCUCUGGGCUGGAAUCACUGGAAGUCCUAAUGGAACGUUCAUCCAGUCUUCCUUGGUUAGAACAGAAGUGGAAAUGAAGCAAACUCCCUACAGUGUAUUUGUAUAGUACUCUUUGGACUUAAAGGGGGAAAGGAGUAAAAGGAUAGAAAUCAGGGAUGCUGAGAGAGACCAUGCUAAAAUCAUUAGACCAGGAAUUUCAGUCUAGAUUUGAGCUUUGCUUCAAGAUAGUGCCUUAUUGUAGUUCCCUUAUUUUUUUUUAAUAUUUUAAAAUGACAAGUUAAAGUGGAAGGAACAUUCAGGGCUUGAGCUUCAAAAAUUGGCAAGCCCCAAAAUGCAUGCAAUUUAGUGCUUAAUUUGUUCACAUAACUACCACAGCUGCUGCCUGUGCAAACUGGUACGUGUGAAUAAACACUGAUCUGCAAGCAUGGUAACUGCACUCCUACAUUUUUGAAAGGUAGGCCCUUAAAUGUUUGAGGCUUAAUGUAAAUGAUGGAAAAAUAAAGUUCUGUUAUAUUUCA